UUGAAAAUUCAAAAUAACGAAUGAUCAUUGUAUAAUUUUUUUUUUAUAACUUUAUUUUUAUUUUGAUUUUGCAAGCCUUCCUUUUUUUAAUAUAUAUAUUUCUUUUUCCCCCCUUCUACAAUUCAAAUAGAAAAGAUCUUAAAGAAUGGGAGAAGAAGAAAUUGGAGAUUUGGAUUUUGACACAUAUUUUAAUGUUACAUCAAACGCUCAACGUCAGCAACAAUUGAUGUACAAUCAUCAUUUGCAACAACAACAAGCCUUAAAUACGCAAAGAAAUCGCUAUCCUUCUCAAUCUUACUUUCCUUCUCAACCUCAACCCUCUUAUGAAAUGAUGACUUGGUAUGUCAAUCCAUCGUCAUCGCAACAGGAUCACUCACCCGUAUAUUCGGAGAGUCGCCCUGAGUACAUGUACGCACCAACAACUACCACUGCCACCACCAGCACAGACCAAUUUAACUCCGCUCAUCCCCAAAUCCAUCCUUCAGCCAAUGAACAGAAUUAUAUGGUUAAUAGUGGCGACAUUAUUUACAACUUGUCAGAUCAAACAGAAAAUCUUUUAUUUCCUACCCGUGUCCAUCCUAAUGAGACUGGUUUAAUUACGCCCAUUUCACCCGUGGAUUUGAUCCCUCCACCCGUCAGUGUAACAACCCACCUUCAACCUUCUUCUGAAUCCAAUUCACCAGGAUCUACCGCUUCCUCACCCGAUAAUGUCACUCUUUCCGCAAACUCCUUUCCUGUUACGAAUUCCGAACAAUCGAACGGAGAUUGCCAUGAAACUCGUCACUGGCGCAAACCAAAAAGCACGGAUUCUACUACAGCUCGCAAUAAUGCCCAUUCUGAUAUUGUAGAAGCUGCUGUUGCGGCCGUCAACUCUUCUCGAAAGCCCAUUAUAAGCGGCAAACAAUUUAAAAAGGUGGCCCAUAAUGCCAUUGAACGUCGAUAUCGUAAAAAUAUCAAUGAACGUAUUCUGGACCUAAAAAACGUGGUACCUGCACUUUACAAGAAACCCACAACAAGAGGAGAGCAUAAGAGCAGCAACGAGGAGUUUGAAGACUCUUCUGAUGACGCAGCAGAAAAGACCGAGCAUGAAAUUGUCGAUGGUGUGGAAGUUGCCAAGAAACUAAACAAGGCAACGAUUCUUCAUAAAGCCACGGAAUACAUCCAUCAUUUAAAACACACCAAUGAUUUAGCUGAGAGAGAGAACCGCGUGCUCUUGCAGAUCUUGGCUCAAGUCCCAGGAGGAGCUGAAGUACUGGCUGAAUUUCAGAUUCAAAAAUUAGGUCACCAACAAGCUGAGCAAGAUCGCCUGAUUGCACAACGUAAAGAAUCUUUGGACCAUGAAAAAAUUGAACACCAGCGUAUGCUUCGAGAACGUGCCGCCCAACGUGCUGCGCUAGCUGAAUUAGUACCCAAACCUGAGCGUAAACCUUAUCCUCGCAGAGUCAAAAGAACACCUAUUGUCCCUGCACCGCCUAAAGAAAAAUCGCCGGUCGCUGCCAUAUCAGACAAUAAUAAACCCAUCUUGGCCAUGUUCUUAGGUGUAGCUCUGGUAUCUCCUUUAUCAUUUAACAAAAAUACUACUCAGCAUAACAGACAUCAGCACACAUCGCAUCAUUCCCAACAAGCUAAAGUUCACUUUAUUCAAAACGAUAUCCUUCUUGACCAUCAUCAUCAUCAGCAUAAUCGAUACCACAAUUUAGUAGGCUUAUUUGCUGUCUUGUGUAUCUUUAUAUGUCUAUUAUUUUCAUUCAAGAUAUUCAAACAUGCUAGAAAAGUUUGAAUACAUUCUUCCUCCUCUCCCUUAAUUAUUUAGCUCUUUUAACAGUAAGUAUCAUACAUAACAUAUUGUUAACAUAUACAUUCCUUUCCUAUAACCCCAAUAUAUGCCUCCCCACCACCACCACCAGAUGUUUAUUUAAUUCGCCUUCAGUGUUGGUGAACUAGAGAAAACAAAAACUUGUACUUUUAUAAUAAAAAAUAUCCUAAGCUUAAGCAUCUUAAAA